AUGGAAAAAAGCGUGACGAUAGCCCAGCAUCUGUACAAGCUCGAUGAACUCAUUGUCGGUCUCCAGUCUCUGGAUGAGCCGAUGGACGAAGCGCGACACCUUGUGGUCUUUAUCAGCAGUCUGCCUGCAGCGUACGAGAUCAUUGCGUCGACCGUAGAGAACGCCAAGAAUGUCACUCUCAUGGAGGUGAAGCAGAAGCUGAUCAAGGAGUAUGAGCGACAGAACAAGAAGGAAGCCACGGAACGCGCGCUAAAGGCUAUAACGCAUGGGGUCAAGCCGAAGAACGAAAGAAAGCGAAGUGGGCUCAAAGGCAAAUGCUUCAACUGUGCCAAGUUUGGUCACAUAAAGCGGGACUGCUCAGGCAUGAAAUGGCCUGGCGAAAAUGACGAGGACGCUGUCUUCGUUGCCGGGGAGAGUCGAUCAUCAGGGUGGAUGAUCGACAGUGCGCAUUCGGAUGUUAUGUACGUCCUCCACAUCCCUGGUCUUGUUCGACGACUACUAUCGGUCGGCAAGCUUGCAGAACGCGUACUCAAUGUUGAGUUCGAGCGCACAUCAUGUAUCAUUUGGAACAAGAACCAAGCUACCGCCUCGGGGAAAAAGGUCGGCAAGACCUACAUGCUAGAAUGUCAGCAGGAAACGGCGCAAUACGUGGCAUAUUCGGACUAG